UUUACAUUGCCCCCACAGUGUGUAUCAGCACAUUGCCAAGUGUUUGUUAUUGUUCAGUGCACAACGGUAGCGAUAUAUUUGCAUAUGUGUAUACAUUGACUCCAAGAUGAAAGGAGCCCGGAAACGGUUAAAGGGCGUUUUCUGAUCAACGCAAACGCUGGGACCGGCUCUGCGCUCCGUGUGGGUGGGGAGGAAGGAUAGAGUCCCGCCCAUGCACGCCUCUGAUUGGAGCUGCGGGCGAUAACCGCGUUCCAUCUCCGAACGUUGGUGCCGUUGGAACGUCGCAGACUGGUCACGUUUCAAGUCGAUCAUUGUGACGUCGCGGAGGUGGUGUUUCACUCGAAUGGAAACAGUCGGAAAUGUAAGGCGGUCGCGGGCGGACGAUCGAGAGAGAGUGCGUUCGCCAUUCAUUUCGCACCAAACUGCCGUUAGCAUUCUGUGUACCUUAAUCUCCAAUGCCAGUACGGUGUGCUGUACCGGGACGCUCCCUUCCUGCCUUCCUUCACGCGUUCCCCAUCCACUUCGAGACAACGUUGCGGUUACGUACAUUUUGAGAGUGUAUUUAAACAAAUGCGUCGUAUUAGACGUAUUGUAAACGGCGCCCUGCUGACGCCAGUUUUUUUUUCUGCAACCUGUUUCGCACCGUUUCAAUGCCCUUGCCCCAUGGAGCGCAAGUGUUGCUGUCUGUUGCGUUGCUCUGUGGUGGCGUUUGCUUCAACGGAAAAUCGAUGCGCAGUCCAGGAUUUUGACAAUUCGACAGAUGCUAAUGUUUUCAGAUACUGAAGCAACCUUUGUCCCUAUACAUCUUGACCUGGACCUAUGUGACUUGGGCUGACAAGUGAAAAUAAUUAUGCCACGCGUCAUAUUCAUAUAACAGCAAAGUACUGCAGAUUUUGGGAAUCUGAAAUAAAAGCAGAAUAUGCCGGAGGAACUCGAUAAUAGCCGAGGAACUGGCAGCAUCUGUGGAGAGAGAAUUCAUAUCUGAGAGUCAAAGUCGAAGAGGAUACAGAAGCUGUGAUAUUUAAUGGAGCUGAAGUGGUGGACGUUCCGAAUGGUUCAUCUUCCCUUACUACUGAAGACCUUUCACAAGCAAACAAUCAAGAAAGAUAUCUAACUGCUGUAGUUUAUGUACAGAAAUCAGGAGCAGAAGGCUCGGCCAGUGCUUCAGGUAUGAAUAACAAUGAGUCAACAGCAAACCUGCCACAGGAGUGUCUGCCAAACAGAAGCGAUGUUUCACCUGGAACCGCGUCGCAUGAGCCUCGACACAGGCCUGGAGAAUACACUUACACUUACAGACCCAAAAGAAGGAAAAUUACAAUCCAUAAUGCAUUUGUCUGUGUAAAUUAUCUACAGCCUUUGAUGAGAACCAGAGACACUGGAGAUUAUGUGGACUAUGAAGAAAAUAGUGACUUUGUUUACGACUACAGCGCUGACUACGAAUGUGCCAGUGAUAUGUCAGAAGGUUCCUAUGUUACCGAUCAGCAGAGGACGCUGGUGGAGAUUCUUAAUUACUGCCAGGUAAUGUAUGCUGCUAUCCAGAGACUAGACAAGAAAUUUGAUGUUCUGCAUCGCAGGGUUACAGAGAUGCAUCAGGGGAGAAUGAAACCGAUGUUUUUCAAACCGAGACUGACGACAGUAUCCUAUGGAAAUGCCCACCAGAUGCCGCUCACCAAAAUGAAAAUACAGAAGCCAGUGGAGAGGGAAGUGAGGAUCCGGAUGCCACCAUCUGAUCCAGGGUCCCACACUGCCCCGGUCAUGAUACGAGUGGAGAAAGAGCCAGUGACAGUUCCAAUUCCAAGCCAUUCUGUACAGUCCUCUGCUCAGCCACAGAUAGUGUACAGCAGUGCAAGAAGAACAAGUCCUCCUCUGCCCACAAUUCACUCUGUCCAGUCUUUGAAAGAAUCCCCAGUGCAGUGCUCUGCGACUGCAGUUGGCAUUUCUGACUUCGCCCAGGGGAAGGCGACUGUUGAGCAAGACAGCAGGAUACCUAUAUCUUCAGGUGCCAGUGAUACAGUGCAUCCCACCGGAAGACGAUAUCAAGAUAGUUGUACUUCCAGAGAAAGAGAAGCAUUUGCUCAUGUCAAAACUGCAGACAGUGCUGCAGAGCAAACCAGCUUUUCUCAACCUGAAGUUCCUUCCUCAUCGUCCGGAGAUAGUAUGAGUUUAGAAUAUCUGGGUGACCCAAGACGAAAUAUAAAGGUGCCUGUAGCCUUCUUAAUGAAGGCACGACAGAAGACCAAACCAAAGUAUGCAGCACGUUAUCUCGUCCGGAUGAUGUUCCCAAAGGAUACACUAAUGUAUAGUAACAUGCAAGGUGACAAAACUAGAGGAAUCAAACCAUUGGAUCCUAAUAAGGUUGCAGCUCUGCGAGAGUUCCUUUGUUCAUUUUUCCCAACAUGUGAUUUGAGUGAGGAAGGCAAAGACUGGAAGAUUUGUGUCUCCAAUGUGAAUUCCAUGAUUCGCAGCCUACGUUGUGAAAUCCAAAAGGAAGCAGACAUCACCAGUGAUAAUGGAAAAGCUUCAGAACCCGGAGGAACAAUGGUGUGUGUCAAUCUGGAUUCUGAUGGUGAGGAUGAGCCCGUCCCUUCCCAAAAACCUGAAGAAGCCAAAGCAACUACUGAGACAUCGCGACAGGAAUGGCAACAGCAAGACAAUUCUACAGCGCCUGAGAAUGACGAGCAAAAAGCUUUCGAACCAAAAGAAACCUUGGGUAACCCAACGCGGCAAGUUCAGCUCCCAUAUUCCACUGUGUACGUCGCAAAGCAGAAAACAAGACCAGAGCUGGCAGCCCGCUACCUAGUUCGACAUUUGUUUCCUGAGGAGGUGCUUGUAAGAAGCAAUGUGUACGGAAACCUGGACCGGGGUAUCGCACCUUUAGACAGCAACAAAAUCAGCGCUGUCCGAGAAUUUCUUGAAGAGGUCUAUCCAGUAUUUGAUUUAGGUGAGAAUGGGCGUGACUGGAAAGCUUGUGUGGCUGCUAUAAAUAGUUCCAUUCGCAGCAUAAGACAUGACCUCAGGAAGUCCCUGCCUGGCUAUUACAAGAAACAGCACCCUCAGUAUUUUUCAGUGUACUACAAGAAACAGUCUGCGAAUCAUGGCAGCAAAAUCAGCACUCCUCAGAGCAACAAUCCACAAGAGAACUUCAGUGGAGGCACAGACAUCCUCUAAGUACUAUUUCGAGAGAGUUGAAAUGCUAAAAAUGAAAAAGGGCUUGUGCUCCAUUAUUAUCUGAAACAACACAGUCUUCAAGAGCAUACAGACUUGUUUAUGAUGUUCUCUUAAAGACAUUCUCUGUUAUUCACUAUGAGAGAUCCUGAGUAGAAGUACAGAUAUGCUUUCAUGCCAUGGUUCUAUUUUUGUGCGUGUUCAAGUUUGCAUUUGUGCAAUACUCAAAAAUAUGAACUGCAGAAUAGGUAAAACUGGAAACAUGAUUUUAUCAUAACGGGUAGCAAAAAACUUAUUCAAGUGGAAUGGAAUAUUUGAAAUGACUUUGCAAACUGAUGAGACUUAGCUGCUGAAAUUACUUUAUGGAUAUUAUUUAUAGAGAGAGAUGUAUCCUAUAAUUUUGGGAUUACUGUGUGAAUACUAUGUUGCCAAUGUGAUACAUGCAUGAGGAUACUUGAUCUUUGAUUUUUACUUAUUUUGCUUCUUAUUGAAUAUAUUUUUGGUUUUGAAUAUAUCCGUCAACGAAGUUGUCCCUUUUAGGCAAUCUUCUCCAUUUCUGGUUCUGGAGUCAAAUGGAAAGACACUGGUCUUAAGUUAUUUUCACCUCCCCAAGAUGGAAUAUUUUGUUACUGAUUAAUGAUUUAGGUUGUGUUGGAGCCCUAUGAAUUUGGGUUUUGAACCUGUUAAUGGCAGAUUGUGAAGGCUGCAAAUGCAAUGUAACGAGUGCUGGAUUAUGUGGGAAGGGACAGCUGAAGCAGUAGGUUAAUAACUCUGGAAUUUGAGUUUGGGUCUGAGCCAGGCAGUAUCCUUCUUUAUCAUUUGGAAAAUUUGUAUGUAAAUUGAGUUUGAGACAGUCUGAACCUAGUUGUUUAUAAGCACAAUAUCUUCCACAAUUUAGCACUGGUUAAUGCUAAAUCAUGAGUCUCAUGCAGACGCAAUAAAGGGAGGGAAAUAGAACAUUUACCAUCAGUUCAAAUGAAAACAAUCUUUUUGACAUUAAGCCUGAUGCCUUUCGUGUAUCGGUGCUGAGAGGGCAAUUUUGGCACCCUAGCCAUUCAGUUUGUGAAUAUGGAUGCUGGCACUGGGUGUCAAAAUUGAGAAAAUGUUUCAAUUAAUAUGUCAUUAUAAACAACUAAAUCCAUUCACGUCUAGGAAAGAACUCGGGUUCUGAGUCACUGCUGCUUUGUUUUCUGAUGCUUAAAUAGUAACAGUUAUGGAAACAUCCCUUGUCGGGUAUCAUUUUGUUUAACAGAUAUAUCUUUGGCUUACGUUCUUUAUAUCUGAUUAAUU